AUGAUAUGGGAUUGUUUUUAGUCGGAACUGGCACAUCAUGUUCUGGAAUUAACAUGCUAUCAAAUGUUGGCUUAUCAACUACUUAUCGUUCAUUAAUUAACAAAAUGAAUAAAAUAGAAAAAGAUCAUGCUUUGAGUGUACUAGAAUAUUUAAAAAAAAAGAAAAUUAAUACCUUUAUUUUAAAUAUAGAUGACUAUCAUGACAUACACCAAUCAAGAAUGCCAAACACUACUUCAACUUCACAAGUUGCACAUAUGAUGACUAUGACAAUAAAUACUCCAAAUAUCCCUUCAAUUUAUUACUUAUCUCCAUCUGGAUUCAAAGUACAUAAUCCAAAUCUUGUAGACUCUAAUAUUCCAGAAAUGACUCUCUUACCUGAAAAAGAAUUAAUAAACACAUUAUCAAUUCACUCAUACAAUACCAACUGGAUUCAAGAAGAUAUGUAUAAUAUACGUACAAUGGAUUGUGUUAAGUUGAUUGAAUUUCAAGAGUUGAAUCUUAAAUCACUGGAUGAUUAUUUAAAAGCAGCAAAUUUUUUAUUUCAAUUUUCUGAAAUUCAAGAUUAUAUUCAAACAAAUAUAAUCCCAAUAUCAGCUGACUGGCCUGGCCAGUUAUAUAUUCAUGCAGAUGCAAUUCAUGAUGUAAGACAAGACGCAAUCAUGAUGCAAGACUC